AUGCCCCCUCCGUGCCCAAGGCUCGCGAGCAUCCGUCGCCUCCUCCCAGGCCUUCACCGCGGCAGUGUUCGCCGUUAUUCAUCCAAGCCGGAGCAGGCAUCGUCUGGCCUGCCCAAACCGCGCCUGGACUACCGCGCAAUCUCCGAGAAUGCCGUCUUCAAGUCGCAUAACGCAUUCAACCGCAAGGCACUACUUCCUGUUGGGGCCGUUCAGACGGUAGCGCGUCUUUACGAGGAGCAGAAGGAACUGCUACACGAGGUCGGGGCGAAACGACAUGCCCGCUCUACUGUUGGUGAACGGGUAAGAGCCGCUGCGAAAGACCCCAGGGCCAAGGAAGCCGCGCUCGCUGAGGCAAAGUCUCUGAAGGCAGAAAUCACUGAGCUCGAGCGUCGGCUGGAGGAAGUAGAAGACCGCCUGUACGCACUCGCUCUUGCAAUCCCCAAUGACACUCACCCAGACUCGCCAAUGGGCCCCGAGUCGGAGGCUGCGACUCUCUCAACGCACGGCCCAGAGCCUCUCCCCACCUCUCCUUCAAGGGAUCAUGUCUCUAUCUGUCGUGCACUCAACUUACUGGACUUGGAGGCUGGAGCUACUGUGACAGGAUCUUCAUGGUACUAUCUACUGAAUGAAGGUGCCCUCCUUGAACUUGCACUCGUCAACUACGCACUCAGCAUUGCUAUCAAGCACGGGUUCACGCCGGUGACGACGCCAGAUGUGGUUCGCUCAGAUAUUGCCACGCGCUGCGGCUUCCAGCCCCGCGACCACAAUGCAGACCCACCCGUUUCGCAGAUGUACCACCUCUCUCAUUCAUCUCCAGAUGCCACGACGAGUGCCCUCCAUCCAGAGCUCGUCCUCGCGGGCACAGCGGAGAUCCCCCUUGCCGGUAUGUUUGCCAACAAAAUACUCAAUGCGCAGGACCUGCCCCGAAAAGUGGUCGGCCUGGGGCGGGCUUUUAGAGCAGAGGCUGGAGCACGCGGCGCAGACACUCGCGGCUUGUACAGAGUGCAUCAAUUCACCAAGCUCGAGCUCUUUGUCGUGUGCGCCGAGGAGCAGAGCGAAACCAUGAUGGAGGAGAUGAGACGGCUACAGGUGGAAAUAUUCGAAGGACUACGAUUUCCAUUCCGUGUCCUCGACAUGCCCACCGAAGAACUUGGCGCAAGUGCAUAUCGCAAGUACGAUAUGGAGGCCUGGAUGCCGGGCCGCGGCGGCUGGGGCGAGAUAUCCUCUACGUCGAACUGUACAGACUACCAAGCGCGGCGGCUGCACAUCCGCUACCGACGACCACUGCCGACGGACGCUGCGCCCGCAUCUGAGGCCCCCUCUGCACCUCUGCCCUUUGCACAUACGCUCAAUGGUACGGCCGCUGCGAUCCCGCGACUUAUCAUCGCGCUGCUCGAGAACGGCGCGCGGAUCGGUUCGAAUGGGGAAGUAAGUGGAGUGGACCUCCCGAAGGCUCUGCGGCCCUUCUGGGUGGGCGGCGAGUCGAACGCCAUUCAAUGGGUAUGA